AUGUAUCGGCCCGGUCUGUUGAAUUGCUACAUUGGCCUGCUCGCUGGAGCAGCCACAGGCAACUUCUCAGCUGCAGCCAUCACUCGCUCCGCCAGCACUAAUCCCCAUUAUGCCAUUUUGGAAACAGAAACCGCUUUCCUUCAAGCAGCUGCAACGACUGUAGAGGCCAUGGACGCAACUACAGCUUGCCUGCCCACCAUGAACAUGCUGAGGGUGCUUAACCUUCGUGACCAGAUGUUAGAGGCCCUCGAACCAGAGACUGAAGGAGUGGGCGAAGAAGAAGACGGAGAACCUGAGAUAAAAUCAAAGACUGCGCUUGAAAUUGCGAAAGCGCUUGCAGGAACCGAUGCGGAUACCUGUGACGCAGGAGCAAAGGCGAAUGCACAAGAGUAUACUGGGCUUGUGAUUCCAUUUGAACACUCCACAGCCUUUGACUGUGGAUCGCUGAUCCAGGGCCACUUUGCCGCAGGACUGAGCCAUAUACAAGAAUCGAACUUUGACCCGGCGACUGGCAAAUAUGACAUUCAGAAGGCCCCAUUUAAUAAUUUAUCGGCCAGCAAUGUUGCCAACAUCAUGUGGAGCAAAAGCAAAACGGCAUCUUGUGCUGUCACGAACAAUUGCCGGGCCGGCCACAACGUCCUGUUUUGUCGUUUUGUAGAGCCAAUCACAGCGCAAGACAACCCGUUCACGACUGAACUGUAUGAGGCCCUCCUACAGCGGCAGGCCGGUUCAUCGUCCGAUGCACUUACCAGCGUUGCCACAACACUUUUCUGCGUUGCCUGGAUCUUGUUGAAUUAA